GCCAAUCAGAACCCCGUGGGCGGGACUAAGAAUUAAACAGCGGAAGAUUCAAAACGAAGAUGGCGGCUGAAAAUGAUCCCCACAACAAUCACAAACUGAGCAGAAGGGGAACAAAAUGCACUAUGUUUAUCAGCCAGUUAAAGCCAAGCACAAGCCAGCCUGUGAUCUUUAACCCAGACUUCUUUGUGGAGAGGCUGAGGCAUGAGCAUCCACAGGCCUUUGCGGAUUUGGUGCUUAGCAAUAUCACCCGACUCAUAGACCUUCCAGGGGAUGAGUUUGCACAACUCACCGGAGAGUCAGAGGCCAAGGUGCCCUCUACCAAUGGCUUUCUGCGAUCCUUCAACUUCCUGAAACGGAAAGACAAAGGAGUUGUUUUUGGUGCACCACUAACUGAAGAAGGAAUAGCACAGAUCUAUCAGCUCAUUGAAUACCUGAGUAAAAAUCUUCAUGUGGAGGGGUUGUUCCGUGUGCCAGGCCACAGCCUCAGGCAGGCAGCCCUGAGGGAGAUGCUAAACGCGGGGGCAGAUAUAGAUCUAGAGACAGGAGACUUCCACCCCAAUGAUGCGGCCACUCUGCUCAAAGCCUACUUGGGAGAUCUGCCAGAGCCCCUGCUCACACACAGACACUAUCAUGCUCACCUGAAGAUCGGAGAGCUGACUCGCUUUGAUGAUAAGGGCGAUAAGACGGAUGUGCCUGACAAGGACCGUCAGAUUGAGGCCUUUCAGCUGCUGUUUAUGCUGCUCCCUUCAGCCAACCGCAGCUUGUUGAAGCUGCUGCUGGACCUGCUCUACCACACCGCUCGGAAUCAGCACAUCAACAAGAUGUCUGCUAUCAAUCUAGCCACUAUGUUUGCUCCACACAUCAUCUGGCCCAAAAAUGUGAUGGCGAGUGAUCUUCAGGGGAAAAUUGAGCAACUGAAUAAGGGGAUAGCGUUCCUCAUCAGGCAUUCACAAAAGCUCUUUAAGGCACCUACGUACAUCAAAGAGUAUACCCGCUUGUACUUCACAGGAUCAAAAACUCUUGAAUCGAGGGACGACCUGACACUCUGUUCUGGGAGUAAAGACGAGCCCAUACCUGCGGUAACAGCUGCCUCCCCUUCUCCCUCUGUGAGGACAAUCAGAGGUGAGGUCAGCAGUUCCUCCACCUCAAAGUCCCCUGAGAGAACGAGUUACACUGAGUCUGCCCUCAGAGAACUGUACCAGCAGGUCAGCACCAUGCCUGAGUCGGCCAAAAAGAAGAAACUAAUCAGACAGUUUGACAAGCAGCCAUUGCUGGCACCUUCGUCUGACUCUCGGACGCCGUUCAGCAGGAAACACUGGCGCUCCCGCUCGUUGGGAGGAAUUAUCAAGAGGAAGGUGUUGGGAGGUCAGGUAUUAAGAGAGAAAGAAAACUGCAGACUGCAGAGUCCUCCAUCCUUUGGGCAAUUGAUGGCAAAGGAAGAGAAAAACCCCAGCUGUGGAGGAGAUUAAUCGACUUUAAAAGAAUGUGCUCUACUAAGGAAACAUUGGUCUGGCUGUUAUGUAAGGGGUAUUAAAGGAUCUUCUCGAGGUGUCGACACAAACUAAACAGUGAAAGGCACUGUGCAGCUUUGUUUAGACACCAUGUUUAGAUCUGUACUCUGCUUUUCUUUCUCAAGAAGUAAGAUGUUUAUGUCUUGAAGGUUAGUGAGAUAGCAAUUUCUUGCAGUCUAGUAAGGUUUACUGAAGCUGAAAGUCUGAUAUGAGUUAAAUCGGAUGAUCCACGCCUUUUAUUUCAAGUCAAUGCAAUUAAUGGAUUUUCUUACAAGGUCAAUAGGUGAUCCGUCUUCAUCUCCUUGCAUAUUUUUCUUUAAGAUGUUUUGCAGGAAGCAAAUGAUCUGUAUUGAAACCAAUGAAUUUGUGGGUGUUUAGCUUUAUCAUCUGGAACACAUUUAUUUAAUUUGCAAACCACAUUGUAUUUAUUUUUUAUUGCUCAUAUGGCUGUUUCAAGUCCCUGAUUCCAAAGCAUCAGAUGUUUUGAUAGGAUGUGAUACGCAGGCUUUUUCUAUAAAAAUGUGACUUUUUUUUGUGUGUAAGUAAUAAUAAGUUAGUAGGACUCUCACAGUCAAAGCGGACCCUUCAAGACUUUUUUUUUAGACAAGUUGUGAAUUCUGAGUGCCUUAAAGUGAAUAUGUCUUAAGUAACUGUAUAAUGCAAUUCUAAUUUCCGCUGGAAAUUGCUAAUAGCUUUGGGAGUGUGCUUAACUGUCUAUAAAAAUGUAAUUCAGGCAUCAGGUAGCAAGUGAAAUACCAGCUUAUGUAGAUAGUUUGUCUAUGUUUCCAUUAGCUCAAAUCCUGGGUGUCAAGCUGUGAGUCUUUAAACUACUGCUACUUUAAACUACUUCUUGAUCUUGCUUUUAUAUUUAAGUGGUCUUAAGGCCAGUGUUGACUCUUAUGCAACAUUUUAUAACGUUUUAUAUAUCUCAGAUGAAUUUAUGCAAACAUUUUUCUUUUGACCUUUUUUAAAAUUGUACUGUCUAUAUUUAUCUUUUCAAAACGUUCAGUUCAAAUGAAGGAGGAUUUGUUGUUUGCCUUCAGAUGUGGUUGUAAAGCAGGUGCUUUCUUUCAGAGUUUGAGCCACUGCCACUUUUAAAGCCUGCUUGUUGUCUUUUAACUCUUUCAGUAGCAGUUUUCAGGUCAAUGGUCACUGCCAGGCUGUUACAUUCCAACUAUAAUGUGAUCAUUGUCGACGAUGUAAACUGAUGAUAUUAAUGCUACUGUGAAGCUAUGCAACUUACUGUAAUUAAAAGACAA